GGCAGCUGAGUUGAUGAAAGAAGGGGAAGAGAGAUGCAUGCAGCUAUCAGAAUUUAGAAGGAGAACUAACACCAGGCAUGGCUCAUAUACAUCCCACAGCUUCCCCAGGGCCCUCCUUUGGUUAAGGGAUGAGGGAAAGUCGGAGACAAUAAGCAGAGCCCCCUGAAAACGAGAGAACGUGGAACUGAACGAAAGGGGUCACUGCUGAAAGUGCUGCAGGUGAAUCUAGUUUCCCGCUCCCCUUUGAUUUCAAAAUUAGCAGGGCUCCGAAGUUAAACGGAAGGAUUUAGCUACUGUGUCUAACUGGCCACUUACCCAACCGCCUUCCCUCGGUUUUGGGAAGCCGUGAGCAUGAGUUCACGUUUAAACAGACGCAGGCUAGUACUGGAGUCAUGCUAGCAAUGGCCAUUAACAUAGACGAAAAAUAAUCCUGCGCGUCAAAGGAGGAUUUUCUCUCUCACACACACGCCGUACACCCCCACCCUCCGCCUUCCUGCGUUGUCUUUUAGCUUCGCACGUUUAUAGAUCCCCUCUGUUCAAUAUUCGGCCAAUAAGAACCGGCUUUCACUACCGCUGUCUGGGCACCCCCUGGCCGGCACCCCUGCCUUCGGUGCGUCCACACCCUGCGUUGAGGGAGCGCCGUGGGUUAGUCACUGAGGAAUACGCUAGGAGCCAGCUGCAGGCAGGUUCCCCCGCGGGCAUCACCCCUCCCCAGGAGCAGCCCGGUGUGCUGGUUCUCCCCCCGGAUGCGCAGACAAGCCAGGCCACCACACGCCACCCCUCCGAGUCCCAGCUAUAGCCCUCACGGCAGCAGGGACCAGCGCGCGCCCCCUCGCCCCACCACCUCCGCCGCCCCUCCUUGCGUUCGCUCAGCUCCGGAGUAAAAGAAGGCACCAAACUUAAGCCAGCGGCAAGUCCCAUUGGUCAGCUUCAGUCCAUCCUCCAGCCUCCCAUUUGCAGCCGGCGAUGCCUGUCAAAGCUCCUCCUUACCGCCCCCUCCCACCGCCUGUCUAAUUGCGGGAGCAGGGACUUUCCUAGUUGCUACAGGUAGUCGUGGAGCGACGGGCGCUGUAUCGCCCGCUCUGCCAUGAGGGGCUGCGAGUUGCAUGGUCUCUCUCGAGCGCAGGGGAGAUUCUGGGCCGUGCUCUGUUGUUGUUAUUAUUAAUGCACCCAACUUCCCCGCACGCCCCUGACAAUGCUGCAGCGAGGCUCGUGAGUUUCCUUUGAUUCCCCCCCAGUGCACGCUUAAGAAUCCGCUUCUGCCGCGCUGAGUAACCUGCCGCCGCGGAGUUUGUGCGGAGUGACUCUCCGGGGCUCCGCAGCCUGCCGGGGGAGUGACUAGCGAGCCCUUCCCGGGCGCAGGGGCGGAGGGACCGGCCUGCAGCCGGGGGGCUCCGGUCCCUGGCGGGGCAGCCUGGGGAGCGGACUCGCAGCCAGAGGCAGCGGCCCCGCGCACCGUGUGCCCUCCGGGGAAGGGGGGAUGGACCGCGCAUUGUUCCUCUGCUAAGCAACUCCUGCCGGGCGCUGGCGCCGCGGAACAUGGGCUCCUCGCCUUUGUCUCCCGAGUGAGCCAGCCAGCCAGCCCUUCGCACGCUGCCUUUGUGAGCCGAGCCCCGGGAACAUGGAUGUGACCGUUUCCGAGCUCAUGGAGCUCUUCCUGCAGAGCCCCUUGGUGACCUGGGUGAAGACAUUUGGACCAUUAGGGAAUGAAAAUGAAGACAAAUUGACUAUGUAUAUGGAUCUGGUAGAUGGUGUCUUUCUGAACAAAAUCAUGUUGCAAAUAGAUCCACGGCCGACAAACCAUCGUGUCAACAAGCACGUCGAUAAUGAUGUCAACCUCCGAAUCCAAAACCUGACCAUCUUAGUCAGAAACAUCAAGAUUUAUUAUCAGGAGAUCCUCCAGCAGCUGAUCGUAAUGCAUUUACCAAAUGUUUUAAUGAUUGGCAAAGAUCCUCUUUCCGGUAAAAGUAUGGAUGAAAUUAAGAAGAUGCUGUUGUUGGUAUUGGGCUGUGCUGUACAGUGUGAAAGAAAGGAAGAAUUUAUCGAAAGAAUAAAACAAUUGGAUAUCGAGACCCAGGCUGCAAUUGUUUCACACAUUCAGGAGGUGACUCAUAACCAGGAGAAUGUGUUUGACUUGCAGUGGCUAGAGCUCCCAGAUAUGGCCCCAGAAGAACUGGAGUCUCUCUCAAGGAAUAUGGUUUUCCAUCUCAAGAGGCUUAUUGAUGAGAGAGACGAGUGCACAGAACUGAUUGUAGAUCUCACUCAAGAGAGAGAUUAUCUGCAGUCUCAGCAACCACCAAGUCCUCUGAAAACAUCUAGUCCAGACUCUUCACCAAAGCUAGCCAAUCGUCUCUCCAAUGAGGACAAGCAGCACCUGGCUGUUGAACUGGCAGACACAAGAGCAAAGCUGAGAAGGGUCCGACAGGAAUUGGAAGAAAAGUCUGAGCAACUUGUGGACACUAAACACGAAGCAGAACAGCUUGUGCUAGAGCUGCAGAAAAUAAAACAGGAGAAUAUCCACCUGGCAGCUGAUGCCCGCUCUGCCCGAGCAUACAGAGAUGAACUGGAUUCACUGAGAGAGAGGGCAAACCGAGUCGAGAGACUCGAGAUGGAACUGGUCCGGUGUAAAGAGAAACUGCAUGAUGUGGAUUUCUACAAGGCUCGUAUGGAGGAAUUAAGAGAAGACAACAUCAUAUUAAUUGAAACAAAGGCUAUGCUAGAAGAACAGUUAACAGUAGCAAGAGCUCGUGGUGAUAAAUUGCAUGAACUAGAGAAGGAAAACUUGCAAUUGAAAUCCAAACUUCAUGAUGUAGAGCUGGACCGGGACACAGACAAGAAACGAAUUGAAGAGCUGCUGGAAGAGAAUAUGGUACUGGAGAUAGCACAAAAACAGAGCAUGAAUGAGUCUGCUCACCUCGGCUGGGAACUAGAACAGCUGUCAAAGAGCACAGACCUCGCAGAUACUAGGAAGUCCUUUGUGUUUGAGCUGAACGAAUGUGCAUCGAGUCGCAUUCUGAAACUAGAAAAGGACAAUCAGAGCCUGCAAAACACCAUCCAAGAGCUCAGAGAUCUCUCUCUGACCACAGAAGAGAGCAGCCUAAAGUUUGUGGAGCUGGAGAAGGAGAAUCAACAACUUAGCAAGAAGAUUGAGAAGUUGCAAAAUCAGAUUGAAAAAGAGAAACAAAGCACCCAAGACUUGGAGACCUUAAGCGAGGAGCUGAUAAAAGAGAAAGAACAGCUACAGGGUGUCAUGGAGACUGUAAAAGCUGACAAAGACAGACAGAUAAAGGACCUCAAACAAGAGAAUGACCACCUCAACCAAGUGGUUUUGUCCCUGAGACAGAGGGCUCAAGUUAGUAGCGAGGCCAGAGUAAAAGACAUUGAAAAAGAGAACAAGAUGCUCCAUGAAACAGUUACAGAGACUAGUAGCAAACUCAGCAAGCUGGAGUUUGAGAAGAAACAAUUGCAUAAAGAUUUUGAACAGGUUAAAGAAAAGGUAGAACGAGUGGAGGAAAUGGAGAAAGAGCUCCAUCGGCUAGAGAGGGAAACUGAACAGCUCACAAAGAAGGCAGCAGCCAUGAAAAUUGUAACAGAGAAGGUUGAGGUUCUAGAGCAGGAAAAUGGGGAUCUGGAAGUGGAGAACAGGAAGUUGAGAAAGUCCCUGGAUACCUUACAGAAUGUUUCCAUCCGGCUAGAGGACCUGCAGAGGGACAACAAGCAACUGGAUGAAGAGAACCUGGAGCUCAGGAGGAUGGUAGAGACCAUGAGAUUCACCAGCACAAAAAUGGCACAGAUAGAGGCAGAAAAUAAAGAGCUGGAGCGGGAGAAAGAGGAGCUAAGGAAAAAUGUGGAGAUGUUAAAAACACUGGGAAAGAAAUCAGAAAGGCUGGAGCUGAGCUAUCAGAGUGUGAACUCUGAGAAUCAGAGGCUUCAGCAGAUCUUGGAGAACAGCAGCAAAAAAACCCAAGAGCUAGAGAAAGAGCUACAGGGAAUGGAAAGUGAAAAUCAGGCCCUCCAGAGAAAACUUGAAGAGCUGAAGAUUUCCAGCAAAUGGCAGGAGAGGUUAGAAAAGGAGAACAAAGUGCUGGAGCAAGAAGUGUCCCAACUGGAGAAAGACAAAAAGUUGCUGGAGAAGGAAACAAAAAGGCUUUGGCAGCAGGUGGAGUUGAAAGAUGCUAUUUUGGAUGAUAACACAGUAAAGCUGGCAGCUGUGGAGAAGGAAAACAGAACACUUGAAAAAGAGAUGGCUCGAUUCAGAGACUCAUCUAAUAAGAUGAAAGAAUUUGAAAAAGACAAUAAAGACCUUAUAAAGCAAGUUACCAUUGAUAAAAGAACACUAGCUACAUUGAGAGAGGAUUUGGUCCUUGAAAAGUUAAAGAGACAACAAUUGUCUAGUGAGAUGGACAAACUGAGCCAAGAGCUGGAGAAGAUUGGAUUGAACAAAGAGCUGCUGCUACAGGAUGACAAUGGCAAUGACAACAAAUAUAAGAUUCUGGAAGGCAAAACUGACUCUGCAUUAAAGACAACACUAGCCAUUAAAGAAGAAAAGAUUGUAUUGUUAGAGGCUCAAGUGGAAGAGUCUCUUAACUUGAAUCAGCAGUUGCAGAAUGAGCUAAAUACGAUAAAGAAGGACUUUGAAGUUCUUAAGCAAAGCCAAGAAGAUGGGCAAUGUGUGCAGAACUCAUUAAAAUCUCCUGCAGAAAAACUCGUUUCCACCCACCAGAUGAAAGAGAAAUGGGAGACGGGACACAGAGAAACAACAAUGGAGCUGUUGAAAGUGAAAGACAGGGCUAUAGAGCUGGAAAGGAAUAAUGCAGCCCUCCAUGCUGAGAAGCAGCUGCUUAAAGAACAGCUGAAGCACUUGGAAAUGCAGAAUGUCUCUUUCAACAAUCAGAUCCUGACACUACAGAAGCAAAGUGUCUUCCUUCAGGAGCACAACACUGCUCUGCAGACCCAAACAGCCAAACUCCAGGUAGAAAAUUCAACCCUGAGCUCCCAGAGCACUUCACUGAUGGCCCAGAAUGCUUUACUCCAAAACCAGCAGACAGCUAAGGAAAAUGAGAAUGAAAAUCUACUGAAACAGAAAGAGCAGCUAAAAGCUGAAUAUGAGUCACUGCUGCAGGACCACGAACACUUUGCCUCACUGCAUGAGCGACAGUCCACAGAAUAUGAAAUGCUAAUAAAGCAGCACAGCUGCCUGAAAACAUUACACAAAAAUCUGGAACUGGAGCACAAAGCUCUUGGGGAAAGGUACAACAGUUUAGUAAAAUACAAGGCAGAAUUGGAAGAAUUGGAAAUUGUUCUAAAAACCGAGAGAGAGGUUCUGCAGCAAGAAAAGAGAACAAAUGCAAUAGCCACUGGAGAAAAUCAAAAGAUGAGAGAAGAACUGGACAGGGUAAAUUUCUUGCAUAGCCAGCUAAAGGCAGAGUAUGAGGGGCUGCAUGCACACACUAAGGAGUUGAAAACCUCACUGAAUAAUUCUCAGCUGGAGCUGAACCGCUGGGAGGCUCGCUAUGAUGAGCUGAAGGAGCAGCACCAGUCCAUGGAUAUCUCCCUGACCAAGCUUGAUAACCACUGUGAGCUGCUUACCCGUCUAAAGGGAAAUCUGGAAGAAGAGAACCAUCAUCUCCUAAGCCAGAUCCAGAUGCUGAGUCAGCAGAACCAAAUGCUACUGGAGCAAAACAUGGAGAACAAGGAACAGUAUCAUGAAGAGCAGAAGCAAUACAUUGAUAAAUUAAAUACAUUAAGGAGACACAAAGAAAAACUGGAAGAGAAGAUAAUGGAUCAGUACAAGUUUUAUGAUCCUGCUCCAAAAAAGAAAAACCACUGGAUUGGAGCCAGAGCUUUAGUCAAACUGAUCAAGCCAAAGAAAGAGGCUACAAGGGAGCGAUUGAUAUCAUCAGUGGAGAGUCCUCGAUGGCACUCUGACUCCACAGAGACCGCAUCAUCUCCAUCUGCUUCUCAGAUAUUCAGGCAUCAGCAGGAGAGUCUGGAUAACACCUCUCUGGGGUCAAACUCUAUGGAAGAGAAAGUGAGCCACAAUGGAGCUUCAAACAAAGCAUUAAUGGAUCUAAAACCAAACCGAAUUUCCCAACGUGGAGGCAGCAAUGAUAAUGUUGAAAAUUCAGCAGACUCUGCCACUAAGCACUGCAUGGAGCUGGGUUCCAGAACUUACUCCACCUCAGCCAUCCAUGUGACCACUUCAAGUUCUACUCCCACUUCCAGGCACCAAAGCAAACCCAAAGGAUAUAAUUCAGAGGAUAAUCUUUGUGACCAAUCCCUUGAGGUAGAGUUUUCAAGAAACAGACAACAUGGUAAGUUUAUGGAAUUUUCCAAGCCAAAUAGUUUAGAGAACAGUCGAAAUGCAUCCAGCAAUAGUUCACCUCUCAACUUGAAAGGUUCUUCAGAUCAUAUCCACGGCAGAUCUGAGAGCCUCAGCAGUGAAGAUAUGGUGCCAAGUAGAGACACACCUGCCUUGCCCAGAGACAGCUACAUCUGUCAUUCCACUUCUGCCAUCUUAAGCUCUAACAACAGACAAGACCCCUCCCUUCACAGGAAUGGCUCAAUCUCUUAUGACAUACCUCAGAGGAGUAACCCAACCCAAUCCUAUGCUGGCAGGCAGCGAUCUGCUUCUCCUGGCAAUGACAUGGUGACUUUGGAAGAGUUUCUGGAAGAGACCAACAAGUUAUCCCCACCGAGUCGGCGACACAUCUUAAAUGAGACCGAAAUUAUCUCAUUGCACCAAUUUCUGUUAGAAGCUGAUGCACUGUAUCCCUCCUGCCAUUUCCCAUCUCGUUCCCUCCAUCAGGAACCUUCGCGUUCAGUCGAACCAGUCCUCAGUCAUUCGUGUUGUGACAGUGUGAGCCACAGAACUGGCAGGGGGAGUAGGAGAGCAACUUCGCUGUAUAUCCCCAGGGACACUUCCAGUAGCAGAGAUGACUUGCUGAGUGAUUAUUUUAAAAAAGCAAAUGAACCCCCUCCUGUUGGGAACCAGCUGGGUCAGCCAGGUAGAAAGGAGACAGCUAAGAUGCCUACCAGCUAUGUGUCACCAACUAUAAAAAUGACCAUCGCCAGUGAAGAGGGGAGAGUGGCUAAACCUGGACACUAUGUCAAACCCAACCUUAGACCAGCUGAAUCUGAGCCGCUGGCAAACUCCACAGGAUCUCUUAAACUCCCUCCCACGCUACCACAUCAGCCACUCAAUGGGCUGAGGCAGAUGGCACAACCGCAGCAGACCAGUACGAUGAGCCAGAGGAAUGCCUCACUGAGCAGAGCGUUUAGUCUGGCCUCUGCAGACCUCCUGCGAGCCACAGGCCCCGAGACAUACAGACAGGAGAGCCCUCAGAAGCUGGGUGCAGAUGUGCGUGCUGGCAAAGACUCUGGCAGUCAGACCUUGCGGCUCUCUGUGCCCCCAGGCUCUCAUGCUACCGUACGAGACAGGCCACAGUCUGCAAAGGCAGCGUGCACCUUGCAAGGUGUCGAUUCCCGUUGUCGGCAGCUUGACGUGAGACGUCUUUCUCUGGCACCUCCAAAGGAGGAGAGGCCUCUUUCUUUUCAUCAGUCUUCUGCCGCUGCCAACAGUGUGCAGCAGCAGGAACGAGCGAGUACAGUGCCUGGGCAACACUAUCCACCCACACAAUAUACACCGGCUAAAGUCAAAUCCAAGCCAGCCCCACGCUCCGGGGAAGUGGCCACCGUGACUCCUGUCAGAGCUGCCUCUAGUAACACUGAGGGCGAUGUUACCCAAGGGCAAAGUCGGAGUGAUGCCCUCAUUACCAAAUGCCAGAGUAGGUCACCAGAAGGCCACACUGGUGCAGGGGGAAUAGAGGAAUCCAACAGAGGGGGCAGCUCCAGGAGCACUCCUGGAUCUCCAGAUCCCCAUGGGGACCAGCAGACUGUCUGGUAUGAGUAUGGAUGUGUGUAAUCCGUUGGUUCUCUUGGUAAUGUGUUUUAAGCUAGUGACAUUUGGGUGGAAUUUGGUAGUGGCGUUUGUCUAGACACUGUGGCAGGUCUUAAAAGGCAUUUACCUGCACCUCAUUUUCUAGUUUGUCUAAAUGCCUUCCAGCCAUUGGUUUUUAAUGGAACAAAGGACAUUUUCACGGUUAAAACAAAGACCUGAACAGCCAAACCAGGGCCUUUCCUUUAACACUAUAGUGCCUAAAACAAAGUGGACCUCUUAUAGACUCCCACAAAACAUUUUGGGCCUAAUUUUCAGAAGUGCUGAGCACCCGCAAAUCCAGCUGAAGACAAGGGGAUCUGUGAGGGCUCACCACUCUCUGACAAUUGGUCACCCCCUCUCUCUAUCUUCAUACUGCCCUCCCCCCAUGUUCCCCCAGAUUCUGCAUUAAAGAAACAUUCAUGGGUCAUAUUUAACUGUGUUGAAUUCAGC